UCUUUGAUUUUCUUCUUUCUCUCCGUUCAUUUCGGUUUUCUUCUUCUACAUAUUCUGAGGGUUUUUAGAGGGUUUUUCCUCAUUUUUUUUCUCACCAUGUCUGAAUCUCGGAAACAACUGACUUUUAAACCGAGGCAGAAACCUCACCACUCCGUGCAAGAGUCCAAAGCAAUGAGAAAACUACGAAUAAUUUAUAACGAUCCUGAUGCCACUGAUUCAUCCGAUGAUGAGUCAGAGGUGUUUCAGAAAUCGAAAAAAGCAAAGAGAAACUUUUGUGAGAUCUCUCUCCCACCUCUUCCUCAAACUUUCACCACUCCUGAAACCAAUUCCUUUGAGGUGAAUAGCAACAGCAAUGCAGUGAGGGUGAAGGUUUGCAUCGAAGGUCAACCCCAGACAAAAAAGAGGGUUUUGACCCAAACCCCAUCAACAAGAAGGAACACUUCUGGGAAAUAUAGAGGUGUUAGGCAGAGAAAAUGGGGUAAAUGGGCUGCUGAGAUUCGUGAUCCUUUUCAGAGUACUCGCAUAUGGCUUGGUACUUUCAACACAGCGGAAGAGGCUUCUCAAGCCUACGAAGCCAGAAGGCUUGAGUUUGAAGCCAAGGCAAAGGCCAGAGCCUACAAAAUUGUUUCAGAGCCUUUGUCCACAACUUCUGAUAAGAGCAUAUGCUGUAACUCUUCUGAUGCUGCUGCUGUGUCUGUGUCUGAGAAGUUUUCUACUACCACUGAUGACUCAGACGGUGUGUUGUCACAUCCAUCACCUUCUUCUGUGCUUGAGUUGGAUUCUUCAUCUUCCAAACCCAUUGACAAUGACCAUGUUUUGAGUGAGGAAGCUGUUGAGACUAAUAAUUUGGUUUCUGAAUUUGCUGAACUUGAAAUUCCAGAUUUGAGUCUUUUGAACUUGCCGUCACCAUUCAUCGGUGCUACUGCUGGUCUUGCAUCUGGUACUGAACCAGACUUUGGUAUUGAUUUUGAUUGGCUAUCACUUGAGGAUUAUGGUCAGGGUUUUGAUGAUUUUGGUGGCUUGGAAGAUAUUCGCAUUUAUGGGUUUGAUAAUAAUGAGCCUAGUAAACUUCCUGAUUUUGAUUUUGGCGAUUUCUGUGCUGAAGAGUUUGCAGGUUGGACCGAGGAGCCCCUCAACAUACCUUGUGCCUAAGUUUUGCAGAAGUUCAUAGGAAUAAUUUUACAAUAUUUAUUAUAAGUUUUGUUAGUUUUGGUGAGAUCUUAGAAAUUGUAUAGGAUCAAUUUCUGAGUGCAUAUCCAUUAUAUUUAUUUGUUUGAGGAAGAAGUUAUGAGUAGAGUUAGUCUUUUAGUCUACUAA